CAUGCGCAAGACAUUCCUAAACCCCGAAUAACAGAGCACGACCGCCGAAAACAAGGUGGCACCAACUCUAAGGCGCAUCAGCACAAAGCAAGCGCGCAUUACGAGAUGCCAUCCUCAGGCCUCCGUUUGUUUGCGUACCAUCUCAGGACUGGGGAUCAAAACGAAAACAAAAAACGUUACAAGAAGAGAAAGAAAAGAGCCUCACCUCAGCAAAUUGACGACGAUAGGGAGGAGCCUGUUACUGAUAAAGCCGAUGGAGAAGAACAGUCAAGAUCUUCUGUCAAUUUUGCAUUGGUUGGUGCUGGUAUAGUGGUGUUCCUGUUCAUAUUUGCUGGACUGGCUCGUCUGUGGUAUGUUGCUUUGAUUUUCCAAUUAAAGAGACUUUCCUCGUUUGUGUGAUCGAUAUAAUCUUAGGUUCUUUAUGAAAUUGUCUUAGUCGUGGCUGACCAAUGCCAAUUGCCAAUGUUUAAUAAGAAUGUUUUAAGACAGGAACUGAUGAUAGUUGACACUGUACAUGUUUAGUGAUUGCUUUUAAACUCACCAUGAACUUAUAUACCAUUCCGUUUACAUAAAGGUAGAGUCGACUUUAAAUUGGCAAGCUUUGCAAACAACAAGAAAGCAAAUCAUGUAGCUAGUAGUUUUGUUUAACACGUCUUCAUUGGCGGAUAUGUUACUAGGUUUGCGUUACGAUAAACUAACUUGUAUAUCGAGUAUCGUACGUACUUUUUAUGUUCCAGCAGGAUUUGUAAUACCUUUCCCCCAAUUCCUCUACAAGAUGUUAUUUCCGAGUUAUAGAUAUUGAGUCACGGAAGUUUUGUCAAUUAAAUAUGGUUUACAUAAAGUAUACAUCAAUCAGAGGUUUAAGUUAAUAUUAGUUGUCAAAAAGAAAAAAAUAUAUGUAAAACUAUAUAUAUUUUGUUCUAUUUCACAACUAAUAUUAACUCAAAACUUUGAUAGAUAUAUACUUUUUUAGACAGCUUUUAUGACUAGAAAUAUUUUAUUAGGUAUUAACCUUUGAUAAAAUAUUCUAGUCUUAAAUUAUAGUAAGAUCAAAUCAAAGAAGCUGGGGAAGCAAGCAGUUCCAAUUCAGAUUUAAAUACUUCAUUAAGACUUGCAUUCACGCAAAUUCUCGAGUUAUUUAUUUUCCAAACGAAACUCGCCCAUAUAGCCAAAACGCUUUUUGGUUUUGGUAAGAGGCAGUUGAAAUCUAGAAGAAGAGCCCCUUGUAUCAUAGGUCGACCCCAUUUUCAAAACUUUUUGUUAUAAUUGCUCAGGUGCCAUAUUGUUGUACACCUUGAACAUUUCUAUCUAUUAAUUCUGCGUAUAGAGAGCCCGUCCAAUCCAAGCUCUUGGAGCAGGGGGCCGAGAUAGAAUCAUAACUGAAAAAGGUUAUGAUCCUAGCUGCGCGGUCUUGUGGUUUUUGAAGCUUCAGAGAAAAUUCUGACUCUAAGCCCCUCCCAAACAACGCUGUAAUAGUCAAGGUACGGUCGGAUAAGAGAGUUAUACUGUGUUUCGAGGGUCGACGGAGGAACAAAUUGUCUCGCACACUAAAAGGGCUCCGACUGUGCUGAUUUUAAAAUUCUCUAUAUGUGGUGCCCGUUUAAGCGACUCGUCAAAGCAACAUGUACACCAACGGAUUUGGCAGAUGUUACUUUACAGAAAUUGGUGGAUGUUUGAUUCUUUCUAGUCUCACUGUCCACUCAAUCAGUUUGUUAGAAGUCUUUAGGCUGCUCUUCUGUCCCUUACCACUGUUCACAAUAGCACUUUUUUUCUUUAAUUUCAAUUGCAGGAGAACGUGUAAGAAAAGAUGCAUACGGAGAAAACACCCUGACCUGACUAGCCCCAGCGAGCGGCUUAGCCAGGAAGAGAAAAUAAACUGCGGAACGCGGACAUCAAGGGACUCUGAUAGUCAUAAACCCAAACCAAAUCCGUCAUCUUACCAACUGGCAGCCACACACUUUGAUGCCCAAUCACCAUGGACCGUAACAGACACUCCCCCUUUGAUGGCAGUUUCUCCUAGAGAAAACACUUGCGUGGUGGUCGAUAUUCCUGACUCAAAUCUAGCUUCUGAAGGACAUACUGCUUGUUCCAUUGUUGAUCUCUCUGAAUCCAGUCCAGUUUGUGUGGUUGUUGAUGCUCCUCAAGCCGACUCCCACGAGGUUGUUGAUGUACCUGACUUGAGCUCUCCGGACACCUCUUUUACCUGUUCUUCCUUAUCUAAUAUGUUUUCGUGGUUUUCUUCAUCAUCUUUGACGUCCGUUUCCUCACUUGAUAUAACUUCAGCAGAACCAGAAGCCUCAUCUCUGUUUCCAGAACCUGUAGCCCAGUGCUCCUCACUAACACCUAUUUCUAGAAAAACCCUAAAGGCAGAAACUGAACUCAACGACGACCAAAUAGUCUCGCCAACCGUUGAACUGGAAAUAGUUAUCGAUGUGCUACCAUCUGAGCCUCCGAUUCCACUGACCAUCGAACCAGAGUCUUCUUUACCCUCGGCGGAAAAACAGGCACUCCUGGAAUCUUGUCUCUUGAUUCAUCCGGCCUCGCCCAAGCAAUCUUCGCCCUUCAGUUUACCCCUUUCCACCUCUGACGAAGCAACACGAAUAUUUGCCUUGGAAACAGAAAAUGUUAACUCAUCCCAACUCUCUUGCAAAACUCCUCUGGCAGUGACAGGUGAUGUAAUGUUGACUAUUCAAGACGAAGGUGAAGUUUUUCUUCGCGCACGCAAGACAUCAGGAGCUGAAACUACAAUGAUGACCCGGAAUAGUGAGAAUGAAAAACACGUUAUACGGAACGUGGAAAGUCGAAGUCCUGCAAGUGACAUAUCUGGCGUGUCUACAAAAACCUUUGUGGAAGAUUCCGAUGUGAAAGGUAAUGUUAAGGAUAGUUGUGCAGCAAGGGCUGAAAACGGCAAUGAUGGCGUGACAUUGAUUAAAAAUGUUGUUGUUGUUGACACUUCAGGAGCGACAGGUUUGCCUGGAAAUCCUGAGAUUGAAAGGGAGAGUGAAAUCUAUGACGUCACCAGCCAGCAAAAGGAUGGCGUCAUGGUAAUCGGAAACGGCACAAUCGAGAUUUCUGGCCUGACUUGCGGCAAUAAAGAAUUCCUAACGAUGACCAGUGGUGAGUCUUUUAACCCUAAUGUCUAACUUCACACUCUCAUUUGUUGUCCCUAUCACAUUUUCAAUAGAAGAAGUGGAGAGAAUUUUUUGAUUCAGAAAUAUCAAGUCGAUUCACUUUCUCUGAUCAUGUUGUCAAAUCUCAUGAUCAUUCUGUCUUAUAAAGAAUUGAUGUUAUAAGGAGAAAUUUCAAGCUGAUCACUCUUAGGGUUUAAAAUAUCAAUGGUAAAAUUUCUUUUUUCUAGCAAAAAUACAUGACAUUUACACACAAAAUCUGCACUUAAGGUGAUUCCCUAGUAAAAGAACCUAACAUAGAUUGUAGAUGAAACUUGGGACACUGAUGUAACGAGUCAAGAAGAUGAAAAAAAAGUAAUAAAAAGUGGGGGUCACCGUGCUCGUUUUGACGUCACAAUGCUGAGAAAUACGGCUAUUUUUGACCCUUUGUCAAAAACCGCGCGCAGCCCAAAACAAGACAAAAACGAGAGAUUUUUUCGAUGAUGCAUGUGAUAUCGCACAGAAUUUGACUUUAUUGUAUUGUUUAUCCACUAACAAACCAGAAAAAUACCUUUUAAUGCUCCUGUUUUUAUUUUACGCUCCAAAGUAGAAUUGAAUUGGACACGCGCUAUUCGACCCGUGAUAGCUCAAUCCGUACAAUUUAGUAAAAUUGCCAAAAAACUGAACAUAGAUUUGUGCCAAUUUUUUUCUCAUCGAAAGGAAGCACUGUCCUUAUUAAAAUCAUGAAAUAAAAAAUGGGGGUCACCUUGCUCGUUUUUGCGGUAGAGCUGCAGAAAGUGCGCACCAAAUGCAUUUUCUCCGAGUUUUGAGGGAGGACUGGGGCGAGUUUCAAAAUAGAAUUUAUGUGAAAGGGGGAAGAAAGUUUUAAAAAAUCUGUUUUUACAGAAUUUACAUCGAGAUAUCACAUUUAGGAUACAAUGUGAUAAAGAAAGCGUUUAAAUAAAAAUCAAAGUGAGUAAUCACAAGUUAAACAUCCACUAUCGAGGUUCUCCGUGAGGAAGUCGAACUCAGCAACACGCGUACUGCUUACGUUAUGCACAUUCGCAACACAAUGAGUCUCACCUCGGCAAGAAACAACCGUAAGCAACUUCAUUUUAGUCAACUUUAGUCAACUUCAUUUUAAUAAUGUUACUUCACAUGCUCUUGUUUACGGCGGCCAUCUUGUUAUGCGCAGUAAGAGAUGCGCAAUGCAAAACCAGGGAAUCACCUUAAAUCAGUAGCGAGUGCUUUGUUCUUUCUUUUGCGUCUCUUGAAAUGGAAAAGAGGUUGUCUCACGCUGUAAUCACUUUCCUUGUCAGAAAGGAAAUUAACGAAUAUUAGUGUGUUUAACGGUAUGCGGAAUGAAGGCAACAAUAAUAUUCGCAGUUUUACCUGAUACAAGCUUUCAGUUAUUUCAGCAUCGUUCUGGGAACGAAGUCUAGGUAAUGUGGACCUAGGGCGAGCGAGAAAAUGAACCGCGUGAAGACUGAAAAGAGAGUCCUCGUCCGUUUCUUACUAUUGAUUCGCGAGUUUUGUUACUGUUACCAAAAAUUCAGAUUAGCUCAUUUUGUUGUUCCACUCAAAUUUUUAUCCUCUUCAAUCUUUUAGGAACUCCUUCAACAGUUACUCGGUCUUUGGAAGAAAACAGCACUGCGGAUGCCAAUAGUUCUUUAUCUGCUUCAAAUAGCGAAAAUACAGCGAAACUGAUGGUGGGUUUUAUUCAAGAAAUCAUUUAUUCUUUCUUUGGUGCCGGUAACAUAAAAUUUCGGUAAAAAAAUAAUAGAACAUUUUUUUACUAGACCGGAACUUCUUUAAAAAGUAGGGUACUUCAGGUUUAAGCUUUAUUUUCUCAAAAACAUUAACCAGUAAUGAAAUACGAUAUAAAUAUUAUUAUACAUUGUACUCUCUAUCAUUGGCUAAGAACCUACAGCUAUUUUGGAACCGCAGCGCAACUUACAGAUUACUUAGUUAUGUGCUACCAGAUAACUGACUAAUCUGUAAGUUUUGCGUGCAAUGUAUGAUUUCCAAUAACAGAAUCAUUCAAUUCAGGUUCGUAAUGCGACGGUAUGUUUAUCGUUAUUUUUUUCAAAACAAUUUAUAAUAAAACAAUCAUUAGAUUCGGUUUUUUUGAUAUCCGGAAUGAUCAAGGACUCGGUAAUUGCCAUGUAGAAAUAAAUAGCGAACGGCAAGUAUAAAUCAAAGAGAAAAGUUGGCCACUUGGCACAAUUUCACGUUUGUCGUUUGCCGUGAACGUGACUUUAAACCACUCUAUUAUUUCCUAAUUUCACUCAUCACCAAUUGAUUAGCUAUAAUAUUUCUAUCAUUGGUGGGUUUUAGGAUCGUCUCGAUGGAGAAGUUUAUGAACUAAAACAAAGUCCUUGGGGAGCUGACUUACCGUCACCAACAAAUUUUGCCGGAAAGGAGAAUGAAAGGAAAGAAAAGGAGAUCACGUCCUCGGUUACUGGUACUGGCGAAAAGAAACCACAAGUAGGAGAAUCUUCUAAGGAAAGUGGAAAGGAUGAGAAGAGAAGUAGUGAUCAACGAAGACUGCGUAACAAGGUUAGUGAUUUUGUUAACCAGAAAAAACUAAUUCCCAUUUAGAAAUAAUAAAUAGCAAACAGCAAGAAUAAAUUCAACGGAAAAGUUGGUCACGUGGUACAAUUUUACGUUUGCCGUAAACGUGAUUUUAAACCUCUCUAUUAUUUUUAAAACUUCACUCGUUACCAAUUGAUUACAUAUACUAUUUCUGUCUUUGGUGGGUUUUAGGAUCGUCCGGAUCGAGCACUGUACCAGCCGCCAAGAAAAGAUCAUUUGGGAGCUGAACCACGAUCAACAGCAAAUUUUGCCGGAAAGAAGAAAGAAAAGAAGGAAAAGGAGAUCACGUCCUCGAUUGCUGGUACUGGCGAAAAGAAACCACAAACAGGAGAAUCUUCUAAGGAAAGUGGAAAGGAUGAAAUGGAAAAUAGUCACUAUCAACGAGUACAACGAGUGCGUAACAAGGUUAGUGAUUUUGUUAGAAAUAGUUAUGGUGAUUCCUGUGAAGCAUGAGUCCCUGUCAAGAACCAAUGAGUCCCAGUUUAAAAAACAACGAGUCCAAAGUUCAAAUUGCUUGGACCUUUCAUGUAUCCAAACAGUUAAUCUGAAAGCAGAAUCUAAAACUUUUUGUUAUAUAGACACCGAUGAAAUACCAGGAUUUUUUCCAGUCACGAAACUUUGGUAUCCGGUGAAGACACAAUUUUUAUCCUUCACAUGUGAAGAUAUUACGGUUGUCAUGGUUACGUCAGUCUCGGCCCAUAGGAAAAGAGCAUCACAGUAUCUCGCCAUCGGUGUCUAUAUAAUAAACAGAAUAUUACAUGCCUGCUUGUGGAUAUGAAUUUUAUCUAGCACUCGUGAGAUAUCGAGUUGAACAAGAGAAGAUAAAAUUCGUAUCCACGUGCGGGCAUGUACUAUCCGCUAUAUAUAAUUAUUACAAUUUGGACAAAACGCGCGUGAAUUGGAGAGAUUUAGGGUCACGUUCACGGCAAAAGGCUAGAGGGAAAGGUGAGAUGCAGGUUGAGAAUUUUCCAAAUUUAGGACAUAAACAAUUAAAAACUGUGCAAUAUACAUCUGAUCGAUCAACAUAACCAGAAACAACUAAUUCCCAUGUAGAAAUAAUAAAUAGCAAACAACAAGUACAAAUCAAAGGGAAAAGUUGGUCACGUGGUACAAUUUCACGUUUGCAGUAAACGUGAUUUUAAACCUCUCUAUUAUUUCCAAAAUUGCACUCGUCACCAGUUGAUUACAUAUACUAUUUCUGUCUUUAAUGGGUUUUAGGAUCGUCCUGAUCGAGCACUGUACCAGCCGCCAAGAACUGAGGGUCAUUUGGGAGCCGACCCACGAUCAACAGCAAAUUUUGCCGGAAAGAAGAAAGAAAAGAAGAAAAAGGAGAUCACGUCCUCGGUUACUGGCACUGGCGAAAAGAAACCACAAGUAGGAGAAUCUUCUAAGGAAAGUGGAAAGGAUGAGAAGAGAGAUAGUCACUAUCAACUGGUAGAACGAGUGCGUAAUAAGGUCAGUGAUUUUGUUAGAAAUAGUUAUGGUGAUUCCUGGGAAGCAUGAGUCCCUGUCCAGAACCAAUGAGUCCCAGUUUAAAAAACAACGAGUCCAAAGUUCAAAGUGCUUGGACCUUUCCUGUAUCCAGACAGUUAAUCUAAAAGAAGAAUCUAAAACUUUUUAUUAUAUAGACAACGAUGAAAUACCAGGAUUUUUGCAGUGAUCUAGACUGCAAAACAGUCCGUAUUUUUGUGUAUUCAAGUACACUGUACGCACGAACAGUUAAACAAAAGCAGAAAACGGAGAGCGAGACUGGAGAGAGACGCUAAAAAUACGGACUGUCCGUUUUGAAUAAGAUAUAUUCGUUCGAAUUGCCCGCUUCUCCCAGCCACGGGCAAUUCCCAUUGGCUAAAUUUUGAUGCAAGCUCUUAGCAAACUGUCAAGUUAUGUUUGCAACAAGUCAUUUGUGAUGUUCCCUACCGUGAUGAAUUCAUUGUCCGUUGGCGUGUUCAGUUGCGAAAGAAUCGCAGCGCACUUUCCACCUUUGUGGAGAAAGAUUCUCCUUCGUCAACUGGACAACGAAAAGUUCGUUUAUCAGAAGGUCGGCCAAUUUUGGUAACGUUUCACCUUUCUCUAGUACUAUUAGGGGCAACAAACGUGUUUUCAGAACUUAUCUAUCCACUCUUAAUUAAAAUUGCCGAACUGUGUUUUUAAACAACAGCUGCAAAUUCUACAAUUAUCUGAAGCGCUCGGCUCGGCUUUCUCCCUCUUCGAGAGGCAGGAACAGGCUUUGUCGGCGUACUGCCACUUCCAUCCACUCAUGUUUGAUCUUCCAGAAAACACUACAUUGUACACGGAAACAACGCUCAAGACUGCUUUCGCUAUUUUCUCGCGAAAUCAAUCACCGGAUGUGUCAAAUUUACAAAGAGGACGGAGUGGUGAAUAGAUUUUUGACAGUUCAACGACAUUUUUGAACCCCCUGGUCAGAACGAACUGAUUAUAUGGAAAACGGACAGUCGGUUUUUUUUUCUCUCGCCUCACCUGCCCUACAUAUUCGGGCAUGUGAGGCUCACGCGCUUGCUCUUACGCUGCUGCUACGCAACUCUAAACCAGUGUUAGGAAAAAAACCGACUGUUUUGCAGUCUAGCAAUGAUCCUUCACAUGUGAAGAUAUCACGGUUGUCAUGGCUACGUCAGUCUCAGCCCAUAGGAAAAGAGCAUCACAGCAUCUCGCCAUCGGUGUCUAUAUAAUAAACAGAAUAUUACAUGCCCUCUUGUGGAUACGAGUUUUAUCUUCUCGUGUUCAACUCGAUAUCAAUCAACAUAACCAGAAACAGCUAAUUCCCAUGUAGAAAUAAUAAACAGCAAACGACAAGUAUAAAUCAAAGAGAAAAGUUGGUCACGUGGUACAAUUUCACGUUUGCUGUAAACGUGAUUUUAAACCUCUCUAUUAUUUGCAAAAUUGCACUCGUUACCAAUUGAUUACAUUUAAUAUUUCGGUCUUUGGUGGGUUUUAGGAUCGUCCCGAUCGAGCACUGUACCAGCCGCCAAGGAAAGGUCAUUUGGGAACUGAACCACGAUCAACAAGGGACACUAUUGCAUCGGGUACGUUCUUUAGCCGUUCAGUCUCAGAUUGAGUUAUCAGGUCUGGGAAGGUGUGUUUAACUUUAAUUCUGAGUCUGUGGAUAAAAACUCCUAUGAUGCUACCAUUCAAGUGAAACUUCUUCGGCAGUACUUUCACAAGGUACUAUUUAUUUAGUAUGAUGUUCUAACUUUUGUGUUUGUGGAUACACUUCUAUGAUGUUACCAUUCAAAUAAAACCUCUUAAUCCGUCGGUACUUUCACAUGGGGGAAAAUUAAAGGCCGUACGACGUUUACGUUUGGAAAUUCCCUGGUACGUGAUACACGGAAAGCGUGUUAAAAAGAUAUUUUCGGGACUGAGAUGACUCUUCGUUUUUAAUUUUGUUUUGCUAUGAAAAUACAUCACCCUUCCUCAUCUGACUACGACUGAACAAAAAGAUAAUUUACGAUAAAAAAAACCAAGACUACACAAUAUUGUUUUAUAACUGCAAUAUGCUGUCUUUUCAAUUGUUGCUUUUUUGUUAAUUAUUAUUCUUAGAAAAAGAUAAAAGUAAAGAUGCCAAGACGAAGGAAAAGAAUCGGGAGCCCGAACGCGAUCAGACAAGGAAGACUCGCGAUGACAAACCACGUAAUAAGGAUCGUGACAGAUAUCGUGACGACCACAGAGAGCGUGACAGAGAUAGAAAAAGUGAUCGUGGG